AUGCGUCAGUUUGCUGGUCAGUGGCCUGUCGUUGGCCCGAGUCAGAAAGCCGUUGAAGCUUGGUCUGUGGUUUGUCGUUGGAGGGUUCAUACAAGGCAAUUCCAGGAAGGAUGGUUCGGGCACUACUUGGAUGGCUCUACCAUGGUUAAGGAAGACGCUUCCUUUGGGUUUCAAUCGCGUAUUGCGAACAUUUGGAACACGGCAUCCCUCAAUGAUUUGAUGCACGCAGACGAUAGCAACUGCAAUGCAACACUUGGUAACCUCUAUGCAUCUCAGGCAGACCAAUACAAGGCGAAUUGUCCUGGGCUGUUGCAAGCAGCUCCUCUGCCACCUAUUUCCAUCUCGAAGGCAAUCAUGGACUCCGCCCAUUCACUGUUUCUUUCCCAUACAAAAUCGUCAACCCAGCAACAGUCAAGAGAUGAUUACAUCCAAACAUCCCCGAUAGCAGCAAUAUAUUAG